UUAAAAAGUUCGCGGAGAGGAAGACGGUUUGCCCUUAAUUUCUAUUCAGAAUUUUUUUGAAUGUGCAUUUAUUUACUAUCUGAUUUAUAGUAAAUUCUAUAAAGGUUCAUUCAUUAAUACAAGAACGUUGCAAAUUUAUUAUAGCUUGGCAUUCCAGUAGAAUUGGGGAUUGGAGGAUGUCUAGCGAAGCGUCUGGAAGUAUUACGAUUAAAGAAGAAGCAUCAACGAGUGGUACGGCGUCCAAUAUUCCUGUAGAAUCCACCGAAACGGAGGCUAAGAAACCAGAGAUCAGCGCUGACAAGGCGCAACUGAGCGAAGCCGAGGGCGGAAAGGAGGUGGAUUCGACAGAGAGCCAUUUGAAACGUCUGCAGAAUCUGCGCAAGGAAUUGGGCUACCUCAGCGAAACGGACUGGAUGUACGACAGUCUGGACAAGAAACCCGCUCAAUAA